UGGCGACCAAACACCCAUACCUUCAGGACGAGUUGAAGGGUAGUUGCUCAUCGACAUUCGUGAUCCCCCAGUCGUCGAAGUACGAUCUCUCCUCCCAUCAUCGAUCGACUAUACUACCGCUGUUAGUCCCUGGUGGAACCACGUGUAGUAGUAAAGUAUCAAUCGAGCCAAGAACACUAAGAGGACGCGAGGCCGGCUUACUCGUCUCGACGACAGUCCAUUCGUUUCUUUUCUUUUAGUUUUAACUACACACAAUGCCUUACAAGUUCCCCAAGGCUAUCAGCGCAGCGCGCGUUGCAACUUUCGUCAGCACUGCUGCUUGGAUCCAGGGCACCAGCGCUAGCGAGGUCUCGUUGCCGGAAGAGGCGCUUAAUAACUUCCUUCGAAGACACAGGAUCAUAAAUACCUCGAGGAGGCAGGCGUCUGUACCAGAGGAGGAGGAGGAGGAAGAGGAAGAAGAGAGCGAGGGCUCGUCAGAUAGCCAAUCAUCGCCCGACUCAUCAGCAUCUAGCGAUUCCGAGGACGCCGACAAGGAAGAUACACCCAGCAUACCAGACUCACCUCAAGCUGGCGUCGCCUUCGGCGGCGGAGGACGACCAGCAAUCGGGACCACCGAGCCCCCGGGGAGUCUAAGCGUAGGAGCCAGGGUAGCCAUCGGCGUGUGGUCAGCAGUAGGCAUCAUCGCCAUACUGGGCCUAAUAUUUUUCUUCUGUCGACGGCGGAGGAGAGCGAGGAUAGCCCAGGAGGAAAUCGAUGCGCUACGGGACGAAGAACUCGCAAGGUCCCAUCAAGAACAAGAACACAUGUCCCAAAUAAGCAUGCCCCUACCCCUACCGCCGCCGCCGCCGCCGCCACCGCCCCCAGCACCUCCAAUCAUGGAACAAGCACAUCUAAGAAGCGGAAGCGACGCCGGCGAUGUUGUCCGCCCGCCAAGCGGAGAAUGGAUGGCGACGCCGCCGUGGCAAGAAGAUCCGCCGACGUGGCGGGACUCUCAUCCGUGGAGGCAGUCUCAGCCCUCCGUCGCGGGCGGCGCUCUCGCAGGGGGUCCCAGGCCGCUCUUCGCACCGCAGAAUACGGGGCCGGGGCCGGGGUACGACGAGCGCGUCGGGGUUACGGGCGAAGCAGAGAACACAACGUUCGCGUAUCGGUAGGGAUGGUCCCGAGAGAGACGUAUGUAUGCUCUGGAAGUCGCUAGGACUGCGUUAUAUAUUUCUACCUUCUUGAGCGCUGCUUCUACUUAUAUUCGCC